AUGAUGGCCACCGAACAAUCAUCACCACCGCCAGCAGAAGCCGACAUCUACAACUUCAUACACACAUACGACUUCUCCUCAGACCUAGAGUUUCGCAAAGGUCUCGGCAUAAUUCUGGGCCAUCCAGAACCAGCCUCAGACGCAGACGUCGCCAGCAAUAACGAUGUUGUCUUACAAGCGAAAUGUUUCUAUAUUUCUCGGCACUAUAAGAAUUGGCUCAGUGAACAUGGGCUCAAUAUAACGACAGAGACGCCACCAGAAAGCAGCAAGACUGAAAAUCCCAAUGCAGCCGUAGGAACAUCAUCAACACAACCAACAUCGGCACCCUCUCAAGAAGUUAAAAAAGACAGCAAGGAUGCUGAACCGGCUUAUCCGUCUUCUUUUGCUCACAUUGUGGAAUUGAUCACCAGCAAUCAACCGAUUCCUGGAAUUGAGGAGAUUCCAGAUACGAUAUUGGCUGGKCAAGAUGAACCCAGCAAAGCAACAAAGAGGCGGAAACCUUGGGAGAAAAAUGUUGAAGCUGAGGUGGUCAGUAGUGAAAAUCAGGCCUAA